AUGAAGAUUGUUCUUUCCAUUUUAGCUACUUCUGUUUUAUUUGUGAAGGCAGGAUUUCAUGAAGAAUGUCAGCAAACUCUUCGUGAAGGUCGUCUUCGAGUUGAGACCAUCGCUGAGAAAUUAGCAUCUCGAGAAAUCGACCGUCUCGUUUCACUGAUGUCCAAAUCAAAAGACCAAAUCAAAUCAUACAAAGACGAGAGUUUGAAUCUCUCUCCAAAACUCCAAGAUCUCAUUAAAAUCCGAGAUGGUCAACCACCAUGUCCUCAACCAAAUGCAACAAUGUUCACAACUUCAACUACUACAACUACUCCGAAACCAACUACAACUGCUCCAGCAACAACUGCAGCUGACACUACGACCAAUGGAAAUACUGACGGAGCUACAUCCGGGUCUCCAGCAGGAUCCACGUCAUCUGCUCCAGCAGGAUCCACGUCACCUGCUCCAAUGAGUUCUGCGGCUCCAGAAGUGGUAGAAGAAAUAAAGAAGGGAAAAGAUGAAGAGAAGAUUAGUGAAAAGUUCAAUCCAAGUAAAUUGUAUGUUACGAGAACAAACGAUAUGGAUCCAUUCUCCUGGUAUAUGAAAACUCUGCAUUAUUAUAUGAAACGCGAGUCCGAAGUCUGCAACAACCAAAUCACUAACCUGAACUCCGUCACCGAAGACCAGUUGUUCGGAUAUUUUUCCACGUUGGCAGCCGCCCAUCCUGGACCAUUUUGCUCCCUUUGCCAUCGCUUCACUGAAGAAAUCCACUCGAAAGUACUCAAACCGAAUAGUCUUCUGAUUGCUGAUGAUGAAUACCAUAUUUCCCAUUUACUCUAUAAUCAUUUCCCAUCUCCAAAAUCUAUUUGUACUGCAAUUGCUCCUGGAUGUGAUGAGGAUUACGCUUUGAAAGUUGGAAAUCUAACGGAAUCUGUGGUUUGCCUCGAAUGCACCGCCUGUAUGUCAAUUACGAAUGUCCUUCAACACAAAAUAUUCUUGCAACCGGCAAUGCUUGAUCAGGUUUACAAUUGGCUUAGAGGAAAUCUCUUCCAUAAUAUAUGCGCAGAGUUAUGCCUUGCAUUCCAAGGUCUCGAUAUUCCACUUUUCCCACAUGGAUUAACCUAUGAUGGUUGCCAGAAUGUAAUGAAAAAGAAGUUUUAUCAACUAAUUGAUGUGGCAACUGUAAUUACACGACCUGAAAGAUUCUGUAGUUUGGAAAUUCAAUGGUGUGAGCUGAAUGAGCAACCAAAUGCUCUCCAUUGCCUCAGGGAACUGUGCCAAGAAUACUUCAAAGAUACUCCACAAACUCGUUGGCUCUGCAGUCAAAUACCAGAUCGUCCAGAGCAAGCAGACGCUUUUCUCAAUAUUCACCAAACGAAAGUACGGAAAGAGAAGAAAGAUUAUCAUGUGAAGUUCCAGCAAAGAAAUCUUCAUGAUGAACUUUAG